AUGGAUAGCGCGAUGCGAAUCCUAUUAUCCAAAUUGGCCCGAACUUGGAUUGUGGACGAGAAAAAGGACGAUGGUUACACCGCACUGCACUUGGCCUCGUUGAACAACCACGUAGAGGUGGCCGAACUGCUCGUACAACAGGGUAAGGCCAAUAUGGACCUCCAGAACGUGAACCUCCAGACACCGUUGCACUUGGCUGUGGAGCGGCAACACAUCCAAAUCGUACGACUACUGGUGCGCGAGGCGUGUAAUCUCAAUAUACCCGACAAAGACGGCGAUACACCCCUACACGAGGCCCUCAGACACCACACACUCAGCCAAUUGAGACAAUUGCAAGACAUGCAAGACGUCGGCAAACUGUUGAUGGGUUUGGGUUCGCACGGCUCCGAGAAGAAGAGCAGCGCAUCCAUCGCCUGCUUUCUCGUGUCAAACGGCGCCGAUUUGAACAUCAAAAACAAGAAGAAUCAGACACCGCUUGAUCUCUGUCCCGAUCCUAACCUCUGCAACACAUUGAAUAAAUGCCAUAAAGAGAGGCUCUGUGGCGGACAACCGCCCGCCUCUCCCGUCUCUGUCAGCUCACAGACAGAACAGGAAACUCUUGAAGAAUGUAUGGUCUGUUCCGACAAUAAAAGGGACACAUUGUUUGGUCCGUGCGGUGAGUAUUUUGACAUUAAAUUUAUUUGUUGA